AUGCUGUGGAGUCGUAUCCAUCGGAGCCGCUUCAAGUUGAGCUAUCGGUGUAGUUGUGGAGUAGCAAAGGAGGAGGAGCCGGCGGCUGUGGAGGAGGAGACGGUGGAGGAGCAGUGGAGGGGGAUGGGGAGCUGUGGAGGAGAUGGGAGGAAGGGACCUAUCUACGAUUCCAGUAGCGUUGCAGCCGCCGCCAUCAACAACCUCAAUUGGAAUGAGAGAACACAUAUUUUAGGUGUUUAUAACAUGUUGACCGUUCAUAGCAAGGAAAAUGAAGAAUUGUACAAGGAAGAUUUGGUUUUUGGAGUUGACGUUGAAGCCGAAAACAAUGGAGGUUCGCCGGAAAUUACGGCGGUUGUCGGGAAACUAUGGAGGUUCUUUUUUGUGACAUGGAAUCGAAUUCUGACUCAGAUCAUGCAUGCUGAAGAGAACAAAUCACAAAGAGGUCCAACAAUAAAGUCAAAAUCUAGUAAAGGGAAACUUAUAAUUACCUACAAUAAAAAGGGUGUCCCAAUUGGAAAGGAAUCAGUAGCACUCUCUACUUUUGAGGGAUUGGUAGCAAGAACUACGAUUCCCAUAACUUAUACCACUUGGCCGAAAGUUGGUAAGGAAACAAAGGAAGAAUUAUGGCAAUAUGUCAUGGCACAUUUUGUGGUUGACCCAAAGAGCCGGAAGCAAACUAUUCAAUCAAUUGGGACAAAGUGGAGAAACUUCAAACAUACUCUAUACAGGGAUUACAUUGAGACACAAAAAAAUGACCCUGAGGAGAAGAAAAAUUUACUUAAUCCUCCUCUUAAGUAUCCGUUCUUGAAAAAAGAAGACUGGAAACUAUUUGUAGCACAAAGAACUUCAAAACAAUGGGAGGAGACAAGUAAGAAGGCAAAGAAAGUUCGUGCACAUCAUAAAUACAAUCAUCAUUUGAGCAGAAAGGGAUAUGCCAGACUCACUACUGAGAUUAAGACAUUGGGUGUUGGCAGUUUUGGACAUGAAAACAUAUACUUGCUAUUAUCUUGAUUCUAUAAGCAAUAACACAAUCAAUCCGGUGUUGAGGCAAAUUAUUGAUGCGGCAAUGGCCUUGUAUGCUAUGCAAAGUGUCAACUAGGUUAAGGCUAAG